AUGUUGCGAGGCGAGAAGGUCCCUGGUGGGCGCCGGCUCAACGACUUCUUCAUUUCAGCGCUUCAGGCGCACCUGUUCAACUGGAACCUCAAGGGCCGGAUUGAGUUGGGCUUGUACAACCGGGUUUUCGCCGGAGACCGUGCCCGCCGCCACGACACUGGCGGCAUGUUUUUGGUUGGCGAUCCUGUGGCUGCUGAAUCCGAGCGGGCCGAGCGUCUGGAAAUCAGCGCCGUUCUCCCGCUGUACGGCCGCAAGGUAUCAGGCGGCCUCGAGACGGCUUCCGCCACAGAAAACGAGGUACUUCAGCGCUUCGGCUUGCGCCGUAGCGAUUUCCGCCCCCGCACCCGUGGAGACUGGCGCAUCAGCCGGGUGAAGCCAGAAGACGUUGCUCUGCGUGCCUGCCCCGACGGCUAUACCAUCGAGUUCACCCUGCCCAACGGUGCCUACGCCACCACAUUCCUCCGAGAACUGACCAAGUCUGAGACGGAUGCGGUUGUGAGUUCGGCCGAAGCCGUUUCCUCCGAGUAG